AUGGCGCCUCUCGAUCCCAGCAUCGAUCGCAUCCAGCAGUGUCUAGACGAGGUGGUGCAGUCUGUCGGCCAGUUCCGAGACCCUGCAACCUCGCUUAGCCACCAGGAUGCACGGUACGAAUUGCUGACCAUUCGCGGUCCUGCCGAUCUGGUCUUCGCCGAUUUUGAGAAUAUGGCCAGUCUGGGCGCUAUCCGAACGCUCCUCGAAGCCGGAAUAUUCGAUAUGCGGGCCGUCCUGAGUUUCAUGGUCGAUGAAUACUGCCCGGCGAUGCUGCGCACCAACGAAUUCCUCCGCCAACACCAUUGGCAGGACCGCAUCGGCCUGCGCAGCAACCCAUACACUCUCGUACAUCACUGCGAGGGCCAGACGAUGUUCGAGCAGAUCUCCCAGAGUCCCGCGCGACUGACCCGACUCAGCAACGCGAUGGUCGCCGAGGACUCCCUCCUCGCCGAGAUCGGGCUGUACCCGUUCGUGGAGCGACUGAGUCCGCUGGCGCAGGCAAAUCAGCCGACCAUCGUCGACAUCGGGGGUGGACGGGGCCACAUCGACCGCGCCAGUGUCAUUAGCGACAAUGGGCCGCAGAUGACCCGCCAUGGCAUCGAGCCGAUGGCCCAUGAAUUCUUCACCCCGCAGCCUGUAAAAGAGAUCGGCGCCACCAUGGCCCACGCCUACAUGGAUCACACGAUGAUGACGUUUGGCAGGACCGAGCGGACGGCCAAAGACUUCGCGCGCCUGUUCGACGCGGCGGGGCUGCAGUUGGUCCAGGUCUGGGAGAGCCCCGGGGUGCCGAUGAGGGUCGUGGAGGCGUGCUUGAAGUGA